UUUGACGAGGGCUGAAAUCCCGGGUAUCAGCGGGUAUUUGUGGCUAACCAAGUCGUACAUCUUGUCUUAUGCUCGUGCGAUUCCCGAGCUCGAUUCUAGUAUCAUCCGACCUGAUAUUCUGCUGUGUCUUGAUAAUCACUAUACACGAUACAAUGCAGUCAGACGACUCUAGUUCUAAUGAGGAUCCGACUUUGACAAGGAGUUCCUGGUGCGGACUCCCUGCACAAUUAAUCUACGCCGGACUCUCGGAGCCAGUGACCGAUGAGCAAGGGAGAUUGACCGUCGCCGUCGCCAUUCGCAACGCGACGCAGCUGAUUGACUUUUUUACCCACCAUUUCCACAACGCUGUCGAAGGCACUCAGAUACCAUGCCACGCAAUCAGUGAGCUACUAUCCCAUUUACGCGGGUACGGCGAGAAGCACCAGGAGAAAUUCAUCGCGGUCGGCCUCCCCGAAGGUCUGGUGCAGAAAUGCCCCGGAUUGUGCUCCCGGCUCUGGCACGACUUGGAUACUCUACCAUUGGUAUUGAAGUACAAGGAUCAUCCCCGACAGCCAGACGAGCAGGGGAGUUUGUCAAUCUUCUCGAGUUGGAAGGAGAAGACUGCGGAUGAACAGGCCGAUUCCAUGGCCAGGAAGUGUUUGAGGUCGUUUGGCGUUGGACAUCUCAUUCACAACCAGAUUCAUUUUAAUGGAAUGGUGGACGUCGAUAGGAGCUUCUGCAUACGCUUUGCCGAGGCGGAGGGUUAUCAGCGGACGGUGAGCCCGGAGUUGUGGGCACUGGUUCAGGGACUGGCCAAGGACCUGGUCGAGAGAAAGGUGAAGAUUGCGUUCUUCAGUAUGACAUGCCAAGGAAAGCCCGAUGUGCACACUCGACAUGCAUUGUUGCGGCUGGGUCAUGUAUUGGGGGUGGAUAUCCGGUGGUAUGUCCCAAAGCCGCGGCCGAACAUCCUCCAAUUGAUCCGAAAAAUGGAGGACCUCAUGGAGGGCCUAGCAGGGCCAGAUGUCUCCUUGGACACCGACGACCAGCUUCAGAUCAUGGAGUUCGCCUACGAAAAUGCGCGACGGUACUGGCUUGAAGAGCAUGGUCCCCUGCGCUCGCGCCAACAGGGCGGGGCGGAUGUAGUCGUGAUCGACAGCGCUCCGUUGUUGACCCUGGCCCUCCUGGCGAAGCAGCAUGAUCCCCAUCGACCCGUCGUGUUUGAGAACCGAUUGCACGCUCCACCGGAUGUGCUGCGGCAGCAGUCCACCCAUCCUCAGGCAAUUGCCUGGCAAUUUGUGCAGACCAAGCUGGAGCAUGUUGACACCUUGGUCACAACCCUACCCCGGGAACUCGCGCCAUCCGUCAUGUCAGAGGCGAGUGUUGGCUAUAUAUCCCCUUCGGUAGACCAACUCGAUGGCUUGAACAAGCCCUUGACGGAUGCCGACAUGACCUUCUACGGCCAGGAGCUCAAUUCAUUAUGUAGAACUUUCGGAAACCCCGUUGUCCACUAUCCGAGAGAACAGUACAUCCUAAGCCUGUCGCAACUCCGUCCCGGAGACGGGACCCUCGCUCUCUUAGACGCCUACGCGGCGUUCUGCACCAUAGCCUGGACGGACGACCCUAAGCUCCCUCUUCCCAAGCUGCUGAUCUGCCACCAUGGCCCCGCCCAAAGAUCCCAGAGCUCUCCGCACCACGAUCGUCUCUUCUCCCACGUUCAGUCGAAGAUGAGGCGAUUUGCAUCGCGGAUCUGCAUCGUGCAGAUCAGCCCCCAAGACCAGGUGUGGAAUACCUUACUCUCCAACGCUCGGGUGGUGGUGCAACUGUCACUCUGCCAAGGCAUCCCAGAGGUCCUGCUGUGGGCGAUGCAGAAGCAGAAGCCGGUGGUCACCACCGCGGCGGGGGGGAGUUUCUUUGCCGCGCAUGAGGAGUUGAAGGAGCGGAUGUUCUUGGUGGAGGAUGGCGCGAACACGACGGACGCGGUCGCUCAGCAUUUGUAUGGCUUGUUCAGCACUGAGAAGAGUGCUGGGGAGCGCGCGACCUCAAGUGCAAGGCAAGAUCUGCCCGAGAGAUUCACUACGGUGGGUAAUGCGGCAUGUUGGCUGUUUCUGGCUUCUUGUCUGUCCCGAGAGACAACGUUUCGGCUUAGUGGCGAGGAUAUUGCUACGCUUGCGAGGCAGGUGGG